CCCUGGUGACGCGCAGCGUUACGCACGCAGGAAAAGUUUUUUGCACAGUCUCUGUUGUGCUGCUGCGCGCGCACACCUCCACUUUUUGGACUAGUGUUUAGUCGAAAUGUUUUCAGGGCUCGGACUCUCACACUUCGCCUCGCCUGAACCCGCCAUGUAGCCUGGACGCGCGCUGGACGCACGGAACUCCGGGGAGGAUAGCACUGUUCGACGGGAUCGUUUUGCGGUCCUGGAGCCGCAGAGCGCACGGCUGGUCCCAUCUGGUUUGGCUGGUCUGGGUUCGGUUUGGUGUGCAGGAUCCAGGUGACUGGCUGCACCAUGCCCCGGCCGUGGGCUGCGCACUGGAUCGCGGCUGUGCUCCUCCUGUGUCGGGCGGUGGCGCAGUACUCCAGUGACCAGUGCAGCUGGAGAGGAAGUGGUUUGAGCCACGAGUCCCAUCGCAGAGAUGUGGAGCAGGUCUACCUUCGCUGCUCUCAGGGGUCUCUGGAGUGGCUCUACCCCAUCGGUGCCAUCAUUGUCAACCUGCGGCCAAACACUGACUCCUCAGCGGUGCAUGUGGCAGGUCUCCAUGUGUGCAUCAAGCCCCUGACUUACUCCCAGGGCUCUCAUAUGUACGUGGAGCGUGCCGGAGAUCUGAGGCUGCUGGUGGCCGAGGGCAACCAGGCUCAGAGCACAGUGCACUGUUUCAGCCUGGCAGAGGGGGCUCUCUUUGUGGAAGCCAUCCCGCAGAGCGACAUCAGCCGAAGGAUCACAGCCUUCCAGUAUGAGCUGGUGCCUGGUCAGGGGCCUGGGGCUCAGAUAUAUCCAUUCCUGCACCCGGGCUUAGUUACCUGUGAGCCCUGUUCGGAUGAAGAGCUCCUCAUGGCUGUUUGUACCAGCGACUUUGCUGGAAGUGGCUUCUUUCGAGGGAUGGCGUCAGCUUCUAACGAACACUCCUCUGUUGUGGCGACCCUGAGCCGGCUGUUUCGUCAGAAGAGCGGGGUGUUUGUUUGGGGCGGAGCCAGGGGGCGAAGCUGGGGCGGGCGUGUCAAUGUCCCCUCACGGUGCGGUUUGCGUCCUGGAGGAGAUGAGUACCUUUUGACUGGCUCUGUCCAUUUCGGAAAAGCCUGGCUUGGCUGUGCACCUCGCUACAAGGACUUCCGGGAGCUUUACGUCAGAGCACAGAAAGCCGGAACAAACCCAUGUCAAAUAGACAUAGACUGAGAGGAUGGGUUGAAGUUCUGGAGGAUGGAGCGACAUUUAGUUUGAGACUGACAGAGAGACGAACAGGGAGAAAAGCCCCAUCACUUAAGGCUUACUUUUGCCUUGCAGCAGAAAGGACACUAUGAACAUUUUUGCUGCCCGAACUAAAAUGUCCCCAUUUGACUCGACUUGUAUUGUCUGUCUGUGUGUGUGUAUUUGUGAUGUGUGUGCGUGUGUGCGUGUGUGCGUGCAUGAGUGAGACAGAGUAAAUGGAUGAUGAGCUUAAAUUAAAUUUGUGCCAAACUGCUUGAAAUAUUAAUUCUCAUGAAGAUACCGCUUGUGUGAUCAUUCUUGAAAUGUAAGUUUGCUUUGUAAAAAGCUUUCUGUAAAAUUUAGGAGUCUUCUGACAGAAGUGUACAGUAUGCAGCUCUGUGAGUCUUUACGUACCAAGUUGGUGUGUGUGUGUGUGUGUGUGUGUUUUGCUAUUAAAGUCUUAUAUUUACAGAAAAUAAACGACAGUCCUUCA